AGAAACUCUCCGUAGUUCAGAUCUUACCCGAACCGGUCUCUGUCUUCCAUCUGAACCGCAAUACACCAAAUCGGAUAAAUAUAAACCCUAGCAUCCAACAGAAACCCUAGUAUCCAUUGAAGGCGGUUGAAAGAUGACACAAAAGGCAAAUCUUUUCAAAGGCCAACAGAAGAAGAAAUCAGUACCGAGUCGACAUGGAAAAGCCCCUCAAAUUCGCAAAGGGAAGAGAGCUGUGAAACCGUCAAAGAACACAAAGCAGAUGGAUGUCGAUCGGGAAUUGACAAAGUUUAUUAAUCAGUGCAACGAAGCAAAAGCAGCCACUUUUGCUACGAAGGAUGGUGGUCAAUUAUGUAUACUUCAAAAGCCUGAGUCCUCCAGUGGCGGUGCAAAGAAGUAGUGCCUUAGGAAUCAAUUGUAUAAACAAAAUUUUUGAUGCUUAAGCUCUUCCUUUUCACUUUUUAAGACCAAGUUUUGAGUCUCUCUUUUUUUUUUUUUUUUAAUGGAUCGAUCGAGUUUCAUUGCUGGGUUUUAUUUUCUUCUCAUAACUCUCUGAUUAGCAUGUACCUUGUUUAAGGACCUUCAACUCCUUGUGGAGAAUAGUGUGGCAUGUCUGUAAAAUGUUUUUGGACACUUGGUGUGUUUGGUCCAGAGGAAAACAUUUUAUGGAAA